AUGACCAGAGACUGCGGACAUAGUACAGGAGAUGACCAGAGACUGCAGACCUUUGGGGAGUGGAAAGGGGGGGAGCGGGUACCCGAAUUUGAACAGGUACCCGCUCCCACUUCUGCUUAGUUGUCCUCUCUCCCCGACUUCUGGGACACAUGACAGGUCCCAGAAGACUGCUGGACAAUUCACAAAGUGCAGCGCUUCUCACGCAUGCACAGUGGGCACCCGGCUGUGAAGCUGCAAACUGUCAUAGCUGGGUGCCCAUACUAAAGAUGCCGGCGCCAGGGAGAGAAGAUAGUGAGGACACCGCUGGACCAAGGAACAGGUAG